AUGGAGAUCAUAUGGAAGGGUGAGGGUACAAGGUUUGUGGGGGCUAAAGGUGGAAGAUAUAAGUUGUGGUGGAAGGGGGAUGAUGGUACGGGAGGAGUUGGUGUGAUGGUAAGAGAAGAGUUGGUGGAGAAGGUGUUGGAAGUGAGGCGGAGAAGCAAUGGUGUAAUUGUGGUGGUGAUGGUGUUUGGAAAAGUAAUAAUGAGGGUGAUAUCAGGAUAUGCUCCGCAACAAAGUAGGAAGGAAGAGGAGAAGGAUAGGUUUUAUGAUGAUGUUUCUGACGAGAUUGGGCAAGCGGGGUUGGAUGAGUUUGUGGUGUUGUUGGGUGAUUUGAAUGGUCAUGUGAAGGUGUACAUGGGGGAUGGGGAUAUGAUAUACGGAAUGAGGAAGGGCGUAGAGUGUUGGAGUUGGCGGAUGCACAUAGUAUGGUGGUGGGAAAUACCUGGUUUACAAGGGAACCAGCGCGAUUGA